UUUUGAAUACGACGCGCCAACAGCUGCUGAUACUCACAGGUGAAAAGACCACAAAGGGAUGCCCUCUCCGGAGCCGGUCCGGCUGGGUCGGAAACGCGUGCUGCCGUCCUGCCCGAACCCGCUGUUCCUCCGGUGGCUCACGGAGCUCCGGGACGAGGCGAAGGAGAAGGGCCUGAAGAUCCAGUACACCUACCAGAAGGCCAUCAGCUCUCUGAAUAAAUAUCCGUUACCUCUGCAGAACGCCAAAGAGGCAAAGAUCCUCCAGAACUUCGGAGACGGCAUCUGCAAAAUACUGGACGACAAACUGCAGCAAUACCUCAGAGAGCACGGUCCAGACGCUCCCAUUCACUCUCUCCCUGAAGGAGCGCCUCCUCCUGGCAGGCGGGACAACAACAGCCUGGCUCCCUCCAAAAAGAAGAAUGCAGCAGGGGAUCAUGGGAAAGACAAAGGAGGUGGAGGAGGAGCGAGGAAGAAAAAGAGGGAGUACGUUCCCCAGAAGAGGUCUGGUGGUUAUGCCGUCCUGCUCACCCUUUACAGACAGUCACAGAUCCCCGGCAGUAAAGGUUUUAUGUUUAAGAUGGAGCUACAGGCAGAAGCUCAGCGUCUCUGUGACAAGUCGUUCACCGUCCCAGAUUUGGGCAGUAAGUACACGGCCUGGUCGUCAGUCAGCACUCUGAUCCAGAAGAACUUCGUGAUAAAGACUCACAACCCUGCGAGGUAUUCUCUGACAGAAGAAGGUCUGGCUCUGGCGGAGCGACUGGAUUCAGUAGAACAAACCAAAGCCGGCUCAGAGGGCGACAGAGAGGAGGAGCAGGAGGAGGAGGAGGAGGAGGAGGAGGAGGAGGGCGGUCCUGGACUCGUGGAUCUUACUGCUGAUGAUGAUGAUGAUGAUGAAGAGAAGAAAGAAGACAGAAUACAUCCUGCAGAGAAUCCGACCUGUGCAGAGCAGCCAAGGAGCGAGGCUGAAGGUUUUUCUGGAAAAUCCCAAAAUUCACGGGCGGCGAGCGGAAAGCCGAAUGCAGAACGUCUCCAACCUGGAACCUAUGAAAUUAUACUCUGUGUUGACUUCAUAGAGACGACAGGCGGCAGCCACCACCGCAAGCAGGAGCUGGUCAAAGAGCUUCAGAGAAACGGAGUGAACUUCGAUGUUCGGAAGCUAAACGUCGGAGACUUCCUGUGGAUCGCUCGGGAAAAGCUCGCACCUGUUCCAGGUCAGCUGCGAGCUCCUGCAGGCCGGGAGCUCGUGCUCGAUUACAUCAUCGAGAGGAAGAGGAUGGACGACCUGUGCGGCAGCAUCAUCGACGGACGCUUCAGGGAGCAGAAGUUUCGGCUGAAGAGGUGCGGUCUUCGUAAGCCCUGUUAUCUGGUGGAGGAGUGCGGCUCAGCUGCUUCACACCUGAGUUUACCUGAGAGCACACUGCAGCAGGCCAUAGUCAACACACAGGUCGUCGACGGCUUCUUCGUGAAGAGAGUUCAGGAUGUGAGGGAGUCCGCUGCCUACCUCACCGUCAUGACGCGAUACCUGACCAAACUGUACCAGAACUGCGCGCUGAUCUGUCGCUCCAGAGAGCUGGAGGGUGAUGGAGGGAGUGAUGAGGAGGAGCGAGGGACCCCGUCCUGCUCUCUCAUUUCCUUCGCCGAGUUUAACCACGGAGCAGUCAAAAACAAGUGUCAGACGGUGAGAGAAGUUUUUGCCAGACAGUUGAUGCAGAUCAGCGGUUUGUCCGGAGACAAGGCGGCUGCAAUACUGGAGCAAUACAGCACUCCACACAGUCUGCUGACAGCCUAUGAUCGUUGUGCAAGUGAAGCAGAGAAGGAGAAACUCCUCUCCUCCAUCCGAUACGGGAAGCUCAAAAGGAACCUGGGUCCAGCUCUAAGCAGAACAGUUUAUCAGCUUUACUGUACUCAAGGAGCACUGUCAUAGAUGCACGCAGACACUGGUGAGCACGAUUUAUUUUUUCUGCCUCGUAGACGGAUGCAAACUCAAGCUCACUCAUGUCUUCAUUUGAAUCAUUUUGUCAACACUUAACUUGAAUAGACUUAAUUUUAGGAUAAUAAUUUGCAUAUAGUUGCUGCUAUAUUUUAAUUACUGUAAGAUAUCUUUGCUUGUAUGAA